CUCUGAACCCAAUAAGGGAGCAAAACGCCGGAAGCGACACGCCCCCAGGCCCCCAUAACUCGUUGCUGCUGCUGCUGCUGCUGCUUCUACAGUCGCGUUUGUUUGAGCUCUUCUCCCCUGCUGCUACGAUGGCGACGCAGCAGCAGGCCGACCAGUAGCUGCUGGGGGUGAAAACUGAAAACCAGUCACUGUGAAUGUGAGGAGGAAGGAAGGGGCCAAGCGGAGGGGGGCGAAAGAAAGCUUAAAAAAGAGAUCUUGAAGGGGGAGGACCGGAGGAGGGGGAGAGCGGAGGGAGGCAUGAUGGCAGGCGCGGUGUGCUAGCGGGCUAAAGGGAGGACACUACUGAUUGCUGAUGGGGAAAAGGAGAUGCAGAUGGAGAUGGAGAUGGAUUGACGGGUAGCCUUUAUGCUCCUCGCCUUCCCUUCUUUCUUCCGCCCGUUGGCAACUCUGGGAGCCAGGGGGUGAGGAAUGGUGUGGCUGGGACUGUGAGCGAGACAUUUCCCUUCUUCCUGAUUGUGAUUGAUUUGUGUGGCGAGGACUGAGCUGCGCUGAGCUGGGACGCCAGUGAGGUGUGCAGACAAACACUAUUCGCAAAUCACAAAUAAACCUCACAAAAUCUAAAAUUGGUUUUAGUUUGCCAUCUCUGAAGAUACAGGCUUGUUCAUAAGAUAGGCAUGGCAGAAUUCAAGAUUGGAAGACUUGAUGGCCAGCCACCAAGGAUCAGAAAUGUCCCCAUUGCCGUCACACCGGAAGGAUUCUGGUGUUGCCCAUCACAGGCUGCACUUCAGAAGACAGCGAAGAGCCCAAACCAGCAGGGCAGACCUAGAGGGGGAGCAUCCCCUGCUCCAUCAAAGGCGUCCUCGGUUCAGAGGGCGCCGACCAUUUCUUCAGAGAAGAGAGCACAGUCCACUCCUGCUAGGUCUAGAACCAAUUCAGAUGAGCAAAUAUGCCCUCCAGCAGAAGCUAUUGCUGCCCCUGAUCCACCGAAGGUAGCACCUGCACCGGCACAUGAGAAGCGACCAAAGCAACAUAAGAUUUCGGUUGGCUUUGGGCAGCUCGGUUCGAGUGAUCUGAAGGUUGUGCUGUAUGGCAAGGAAGGGGUUGCUGUGAAGAUGAUUGUUCACAAGAACAUCCUUGCUGAAAACAGUACCUUUUUUGCCGAUAGAAUCUCGAGGCAGUCUCCGGUGUCGUGCAUUGAGGUGCCAGAUUGCGAGGAUGUGGAGAUUUAUGUCGAGACUGUUGGGUUGAUGUACUGUAAGGAUGUCAAGCAGAGGCUGAUCAGGCAAAAUGUUCCACGAGUUCUGCGAAUCUUGAAGGUUGCAGAAUCACUAGGCUUCCGCGCAUGCAUCAUGUCAUGCUUAGAUUACCUGGAAGCAGUUCCUUGGGUCGGCGACGAGGAAGAAAAUGUCGUGACAUCCAUACGACAGCUGAACGAUGAGGAUCACAGAGCUGACCCCUUGCUGAAGAGGGUGACAUCUGAUGUCCUAACAAAUCCGCCAAAUGACACUCUUGCGCAUAUCAUUGACUUGGUGCUGAAGAGCAGCGAGGACAGAGGGCGUCGCGAGAUGAAAUCUCUGGUCCUGAAGCUUUUCAAGGAGAACAACAACAUCUGCACCACCAAUGGUUCUUCUUCAGCAGACUCCUCCUGUGUCACGACAUUGUACAGUUGUUUCCAGAACUGCCUGGAUUCCUUGCUGGCAUUGUUUCGCCAAGCUUCCGAUCCGGAGGUGCUUGCUGAACAAUCUUCAGACGACAAAGAGCAGAUGUUCAGAAAGAUCACUCUGGAGGCUGAUAACCUCCUCUGGCUAGCCGAGAUCCUAUCAGACAGGCACGCAGCUGAUGAGUUGACAGUCAUCUGGUCCAGCCAGGGCGAGCUGGCCGAGCUGCACCCCAAGAUCCCGGUGAUGCACCGGCACCUGGUGAGCUGCGUCAGCGCGAGGCUGCUGGUGGCCGUCGGGAAAGGCGAGGCGCUGCCGUCGAAGGAGACGCGGCGGCGGCUGCUGGACGUGUGGCUGCAGCCUCUGAUGGACGACUACAGGUGGCUGCAGCACGGGUGCCGGUGGUUCGACCGGACGGUGGUGGAGGACGGUGUCGGGCAGACCAUCCUGACGCUGCCGCUGGGGGACCAGCAGGCCGUGCUGCUCGCGUGGCUGGGCAGGUUCCUCAAGGCCGGCGACGGGUGCCCGAACCUGCAGAGGGCGUUCGAGGUCUGGUGGAGGAGGACCUUCGUCAGGCCCUACGCCGAGCAGCCGGGGAGCUCGUCGGGGCGGCACUGAUCAGCUGAUUGAUAUUGCUGGGAAUAACAGUGUGUGAUGCUGGCUGCAGCUUGCAAGUUGCAAUCUACAAGGUUGCAAGAAGUUAGUAAGAAUGUUUUUCUUACAAUGUAGUAGGAGAGACUUAGUUUCAAUUAGGAGGAAGAUGCUGGAGAAGUAUAGUGUAGCGUGUAGGAUCACUGGUGGUGAUCUUUUAACUGAGGUUAAUCUUGUGCUGGUUGUGCUUGUGUUGUAAUGCUUUGGGGUGAGAAAACUGUCUGAUUUCUUGGUACAGAAAUCAAUCUCCUGUGAUUUUACUGUUAGUGCUUCUGAGUUGAUCUA